AGGAUAGAAGAAUCGUAGAAAAUGAGGAGAGAGAAAGAGAGUUGAUUUCUGUAGUCAUUUAUAGUCGCAGUUCGGUGCUCUCUUCUUUUCUGAAUCUCGUGUGAUUUUCGUUUUCCCGAUCGGACUCACAGCUCCAUAUCGGAAUCUCGCCGGAAAACUUGCUGUUUCUUAUGGUGAAUUUUAAGCACACAUAGCCGGAAUUAGAAGUUUCAGUUGUCGGAGGAGGUUUGAGUUGGAAAUAGGGGGAUUUUGUGAUUUAUAAGGAAGAUGAGAAGUGUGAAUAAUAGCGUGGAGACUAUAAACGCCGCGGCGACUGCGAUCGUCUCGGCCGAGAGUCGAGUCCAGCCGACUACGGUUCAGAAGAGAAGAUGGGGUAGCUGCUUGAGUUUAUACUGGUGCUUUGGAUCUCAUAGACACAGCAAGCGAAUAGGUCAUGCUGUUCUUGUUCCUGAACCAAUGGUGCCAGGAGCUGUCGCUCCUGCUUCUGAAAACCUGAACCUCUCAACCAGCAUUGUACUGCCUUUCAUUGCACCUCCCUCUUCUCCUGCAUCUUUCCUCCAAUCAGAUCCUCCGUCCUCCACUCAGUCACCAGCUGGAUUACUAUCCCUCACUGCCCUUUCUGUCAAUGCCUAUUCCCCAAGUGGUCCUGCCUCCAUGUUUGCCAUUGGCCCUUAUGCCCACGAAACUCAACUAGUCUCACCACCUGUAUUUUCUACCUUCCCCACAGAGCCAUCAACUGCUCCUUUUACUCCCCCUCCAGAAUCUGUGCAAUUAACUACGCCUUCAUCACCUGAAGUUCCAUUUGCUCAGCUGCUGACAUCUUCACUGGACCGCUCUCGAAGGAACAGUGGAACCAAUCAGAAGUUGUCACUGUCCAAUUAUGAGUUCCAGCCUUAUCAGCUAUACCCAGAAAGCCCAGUUGGCCACCUUAUAUCACCAAUAUCAAAUUCUGGUACCUCUUCUCCUUUCCCAGAUAGACGCCCAAUUGUAGAGGCUCCCAAGCUCUUGGGUUUUGAACAUUUUUCCACCCGCAGAUGGGGUUCAAGGCUGGGUUCUGGAUCUUUGACACCAGAUGGUGCAGGGCCUGCCUCCCGAGACAGUUUCCUUCUGGAGAACCAGAUCUCUGAGGUGGCAUCCCUUGCCAACUCUGAGAGUGGAUCUCAAAAUGGUGAAACUGUAAUCGAUCAUAGGGUCUCAUUUGAGUUGGCUGGUGAAGAUGUUGCAGUUUGUGUUGAAAAGAAACCAGUGGCAUCAGCUGAAACCGUCCAAAACACUCUUCAGGAUAUAGUUGAAGAAGGCGAAAUUGAAAGAGAAAGAGAUGGGAUUUCAGAGAGUACAGAAAAUUGUUGUGAGUUCUGUGUCGGAGAAGCUCUUAAAGCUGCGUCCAAGAAAGCUCCAGCUGAAGGAGAGGAAGAGCAGUGCCAUAAAAAGCAUCCUCCGAUCAGACAUGGUUCAAUCAAAGAGUUCAAUUUUGACAACACAAAGGGAGAAGUCUCAGCCAAGCCGAACAUCAUCGGUUCUGAGUGGUGGGUAAACGAAAAGGUUGUCGGGAAAGGAACAGGGCCCCAAACCAACUGGACUUUCUUCCCAUUGCUGCAGCCCGGAAUCAGUUGAAAUGGAACCCCAUGCAGCAUGGCUACACCUCAAAGCGUGUAAGAAUGUGUAAGAAUGCGUUUGGCAGUAAUUAUGGAAAGUGUUUUUAACCUUUUUAACACUUGAAAAUAUUUUCAAGUAUUAGAAAGACUAUAAACAUUUCUUAAAAUCACUACCAGACGUACUCUAAGUGUUGUAUGGAUUUACAGUACAUAUAGAAGAAUUGCUCACAGCAUGAGAUGAAGGAGAUAACAGAUUUUGGAGAUACAGCUUGGCAUACUUGGCAUCAAACGAUAAUUGGAUUAUAGAGGGCUGUUUUCUAAUCCCUCAAGAUGCAGGGAAGGAAUGGUUUGUGUAGGAAUCAUCCUCUUAAUUCAUUCUUUUUUUUUUUCUUUUUUUCUUUUUUGCUAUGUAAUAAUUACAGUAAAAUAAUAUUUCUUCAUGUUAGGAUUGUUACUCUUGCAAGUAUGAUAUUCCGUAGUAAGGUUCCUUGAAGGUUUUAUUCUA